AUGUUCAAAAAAGUCUCAAGGAUAUAUUUAAGCAUUAUAUUGUAAAAUUAAAUAUUAUUACUAGGGUGAAAUUAGUUUAAUGCUCUUGUGAGGUAUUCAAAACAAUUACUACUUCAAAUACAGGAUAAAGAUUAAUUGAAUUAGAUUUAUCAUCUCUUGUUACUUUAGAUUAUGCUUGGGGUGUAUGGACAAAAUAUUCUAAAUUUUAUGUUUCGGUUGGCGAUCUUUCCUUGCCAAUCUAAAUUAUGCAUGUUCUCACAGAAAAAAAGUAAGAUAUUACAUAUUUGGUUUAUUACAUAAUUCUAAAUUAAGAAGAGAAAUCAUUCACUCAUUGUCUAUACUUAUUUCAUGGAGGAACUUAUCAAAUAAGAUAAUUAAAGAUAGAUUAAUCAAUUGCAAUGGAAAGCUAAAAGUUUUUAAAUAAAAUCUAAAAGUUUUUAUGUAAGAGUUGUUAUUAAUCAAUUAAUGGAGAAUGUGUUAAAGUAAAUAAGAAUUGUAAUGAAUGCGAUAAUUAUCAUUAAUGUAUAAGUUGUGAAUUAAAUUACACUCUAUAUGAUAAUAGAUGUUUAGAAUGUCCCUUAGAAAGUCCUAAUUGUAAAUACAAUUAAACUGGUUAUUAUUGUAGAGAGUGUAUUACAGGUUAUUAUUUUAAUUAAACACUUGAAUAAUGUCAAUAAUGUGGCUAAUUUUUUAAAGUUUGUAUUUACUCUUCUAUUUUGAAUAAAUUGUAAUGUGUAAGAUGUAUUCAUGAUUUGGAUUAUUUUAUCUCUGCAGAGAAACUAAACUGCAAAACAAAAACUUUUCCUUACUGUGAGAUUGAAGUAUCAGAACAUUAUCUUGUUUAUUUUAAUUAACCUUUAAUAUUAUAAGCUUAAUAAUAUAGUAAUUCUCUAGAUAUUUUUACUUUCACAGAGACCAUUCCAGUAUUUUAAGUUUGUCAAAAGUGUAAAAAUGGAUAUAUCAAUAAAAUGUUAGUUUAGUAAUAUUACGAAUGUGCAUCAGUAGAGUCUUAAGGGAGCUUUUUACCAAAAGAAUUAAAACUUAAAGUAUUAGAAUCUAAAAAUAAUGAUUUUCAAUUAGCUUUAUAUAGUCUACCAUAAAAUCCUUAACUAAAAUUUGUUAUUAUAUAUGGAGAUCAUGUUAAUUCUUACUCUAGUAUUACUACAAUUUCAAAUCCUAUUACUGGAGGAUUUUGUAAUGAUCCUAAUUGUAUGGUUUGUGUAAAGUCAUAUGUACAGCUUGUCCUUAAAAUGGUAUACUUUAUAAUAAUAAAUGCUAUCCAAAAUGCAAUUGUGAUUCCUGCAUUAUAGAAAAUGAUUAAUCAGUAUGCAUUAGUUGUAAUAGUCUAAACACAAAAACAGUUUAUCAUGGAUAAUGUCAUCUUUGCCCUUAAUUUUGUGAAUUAUGUAGAGGAAUUACUGAAGAAGAAAAACUUAAAAUUAAUCCUUAUUUCUAACCAGAUGAUAUUACACUAUAGAAAUAUACAUUCUAAACUCUGAAAAGAAAGAUUGUUAUCUUUACCAUGAAAUUCCAAUUAAUUUGUACUGUUCUAAAUCAACUUUUGAUUAUUAUUAUUAUAGAUUAGAAACUUCAGAAGAAUAAAAUGAAUUUUUAAGUAAAAAUGCUCUUAUUUCUGAAAUUUUUUCUACACAUAAUAUCAACCAUUUCUCUGUAGAAACUAAUUAUCUAUUUAAUGAACUAAACCAAAAAAGUGUGA